ACUCUCGCUCCCGGCCCCACCGAGGGAUACCGGGAAGCUCGGGCUCCGCCCGACCCCGCCCCGGUCCCGCCGCUUCCUCGUGUCCCGUCGGGGCGGGCGCAGCCCCAGUCCCGGGCCCCGCGGCGGCACCGGCCGCAGGGAGAGCCCAGUUCCCCCCAAACACAAAGAGCCGUCGCUUGAGUGGUCCCCAAGGUGUGGCCAGCACAUCGGGAGCAACGUGGGCGAACGAAUCAUCGCUCCAACCGCUGGAAUAUGUUUUUUCCAUCUGCACUCCUCCUGUCAUCAUCUGGGCCACCAGCUGAUGAGAUGGCACAGAGCACUGAGCUCCAGCCAAGCUUCGAGGAUGUUUUUCAUAUCCUAUCACAGGUCCCACAGGAUAAACUCCUGAGCCUCAAACAUAAACUGAAGCAUUUGGGCCUUGGGCCCAGCAGCAGAUUACUGCAAGCCAUGGUUUUGCUUACUCUGGGGCAAGAAGUGGAUGCAAGAAUUUGUUUGGAUGCCUUGGGAGAUAACCAGGCAGCUCAGUACGUCCACCAGACCAAACUUGGCACUGGCAGAGCACAGGAAGACAGGGUGGAUUUGUCCCCUCCCCAGCUGGAUGCAGGCGCCAUGGUGCUGCUGGCACAGAUCUACUCCGUGCUGGCAGCGGAGAAACUGUGCAGUCCUGAGGCCAUGGACAAAGCCCACCAAGCUGCCACCAAAGCCUGCAACACCAGCAAGGAAACUCAGGGGGACAGGCUCAACAGCAUCCCACCCAAGGACCAGGAAAACCACAGCUCUGCUAGUGGCGUGAGCCCGGGUGACAGAUUUCAGACGCUGAGAUCCGAUGCAGCCGCAGGAUUUCACCAGACGAGCAUCCCGCUCCAUGUGGUGAGAAGUCCCCCAGUGCCAAUUGAAGGCAACUCGGACCUUUCAGGCCCCCGGACCUUGCGCUCCAUGGGAAGCUCCUCUUUCCCCAGUAGCUUUGAGAUCAGUGCAUCGCCAACUGUGGUUAUUCACAGCCAGCCCUCCCAGGAGCGUGUCCUGCAGCCCAGCCGACAGUGCCCAGGGAGGAGCAGCAGUGCUGGACAGCCCGGUGGCGACAGGCAGCGCUCCAGCCCUCAGGAGACAAGCUGGGCCAGCAGACCCAGCUCUCACCUCGGUCAGGACGCAGGUGCCCGAGUCCCCCAGCCAGAGCAGGUUCUGCUGGUCAGUCCAUGUCGCCCAGCUCUCCCCGUUCCCAAGGCACAGCCGCCCAAGCUGCGUGCGCUGAACCAGCCUGUCAAAAGCAGCAAUAUCCACAGCACAGUGGCAGCAGAACGUCACGCACCAAAAGAAAGUGCAGACAAAACGCAAGAUGGAAUGCAAUUGCCUACAGGUCUUCCCAACUCAAGAGCUACAGCAGGUACGAGGCCUGCCCAUGCGCCCAGGGAGGACUCCUACGUUCCAGCAGGCAUUCCCUCUAACUCUACUUCCACUUCAACUUGUUCUCUUCCUCCUCCUCCUUAUUCAUUCUCCUCAACUCUUCCCUCUCCUCUUCCAGGAGCUCAUUCCAACUUACCAUAUCUCCCUCCCCUCCAUUCAUCCCCCUCUUCAGCCUGGCCACCUACUCUCCAAACUGCAACACCAGUCCCCACAUUAGAGCUCCAUGGUGGAGAGAGCAAGUUCUUCACUUUUGUUGUCCUGCACGCUAGCAAAGAUGAGGUUGUUGCCCAUCGGGUCAAGGACCUGCUGGAGAAGAUGGGAGUUCCCAACGGUGCCACACUCUGUGAGGACUUCUUCAUUGCCGGACGGAGCCAUAUGACUUGCUUCCAGGACGCUAUGGAAAACUCUGCUUUCAUCAUCCUUCUGCUGACCAAGAAUUUCCCAUGCAACUUGUGUAUGUUCCAGACAAACACUGCUCUGAUGCAGUCCAUCUUCAAUCCAUCCAAGCACGACUCAGUCAUCCCUUUUCUACCCAAGGAGAACCCCCUGGAGCGGAGUCAGAUUCCCAGCACACUCGGCGGGCUCAUGCCCUUGGAUGAGAACUCUCUCGGGUUCUCCAAGACAGUGCAAAACACCUUUACCCCCAGGAGGAUCAAUGAGCGGAAAGCCAUGUGGGACCGGGCACAGCAGAGGAAGCUACAGCUGAACCAGGAACAGCAUCAAACAGUGCACAACUUGGCUGGUCUGAACCUUGGCUCCCCUCCCCAGUAUUCUGGACAGUGGUGUCCCCCUGCUUCCACUGUCCCUUCUGCCACAUUCCCAACUCCACUUGCUGCUCACACCGUGACAGCUCCCGUGGGUCCCCUUCCCUUCCAACCACCCCACGUCCCACCAGGCCACUACAACCUGGUGCCAAGUACCGAAGCCAUGCCGCCCCUCAUCAUCCAACACGCUCAGAUGGUUCAGAUCGGGGACCACAACCUGAUGCAGGUAGAAAGAGUCACACCAGGGCAGAAGGACAGCGAGGAGGGGGCCAGGCAGAGCACGUGAGCAGAGGUGCAGGUCAGCCAUGGCCGGAGAUGUUCACGCUCCUCUCACCCUGCAGACCGCAGUCAUUCUGCCAGCAUGGGGAUUGUUCUCAUUUCACUGUGGGUAAAAGGUGCUGCUUUCCUGGAGCACAGGAGACCAUUACCUCCUGGUUCGUUGGACAAAAGAGGGUGCGGUCUCCUGAGACUGUCCUCCUUGUGCUUAUCUUCAAAUAACUGAGAAAACUGUUCCUGAUUUUCUGAGGCUGCCAGAAGGUUUUAUCAAUGAAUUUUAAUUAAUUUAUUGGUGUUUCUCUGGUUCUUUCCUGUAGAAUCAGCAAAGGGGCAGUCAGGGCUAUUGGGAAUGCCGUUCUGCAGGCCUGUCCCUCUGGAGUGGAGGAGCUGGAAGAUGCCAUGGGGGGGCUUCUUGUUCACAGUCUGCUGCUGCCCACACCACCCAAGCGCAGAUGUCAGGGGGUGCUCUAGGGGCCUCCUGUCACAGUGCUCAGCACCACGAGGUCCCACUGUUUUCUUCCAGCAAUCCUCUUGCCUGGGAUUGCAGAGUCCCCUCUCGGCUUUCGUAGCCAAGGGGAUGCCCUUCCCUCGUGGCAGCGCCAUUUCCUCGGCCUCUCCAUCAGACCCGGGCAGGCUCAGGAAAUCAGCUCCACAGCCUUCCACAAGACCGCCCGCCUCCGGGCUGACGCACUGAGAGAUCGCUUCUCCCAGUUCCCCUCUGAAACUACAGAGAUAGAAGUUUUGGUUUGUGAAAGACAAAAUCCCCACAUGCCCCUGGACACAUGGCCUGAAGGAAGGUUUCUUUGUGCUUAUGAAAACUCUGCUAAAAGGCCGAGGUCACACAGCAGAGCAAACGGGAAUCUGUACAGCAAAGCUGUGCUUGGGCAAACAAAACUCGUUCACGAAGGUGGAAUGAGAACUUGGGGGCAGUCCGAGUGGGCAGAAGCCAAGUGCUCACAGCUCCAUCCUGCUCUGCCCACAGAGGGUCAGCGGUGGGACCAGGGCCCACGAGAUGGCUGCUGCAAGGAGGCAACUCCACCUCCUUCCGUCAUUGCCUUUAAGGAAAAAGUUUGAUGGAAAAACGAAAGCGUCAAGCAGAGCCCUACAGAGGAGUGGAGAAAGGGUAGGAAUGGGGGAGGUGUCCUACAGGGCUAUGCCAGGCAGAUCACUAUAGAGUUCUGAAGGCGAGCAGGGGAUCCAAAGGGGAGCCCCAGGCCCCACGCUCUCCCCUCAACACUUCCACGGCGGCCGUUUGCCUGCUCUGUCAGCAGAGGUCAGCCCAAGGCCACCAGGCGACUGGACUGUGGACUGGAGCCUGGCCAACUGCACCCAGCUCCAGCCAACACGCCCUGUGCCAGGGCCUCUGCACGCUGCCCGGCAGCACUCGCCCUGCUCCUCAACCUGGGAAGGAGCCCCCGAUCCAAGUCCUCAUUCCAGUUGACCUCAAGGGCCAGUGUGGUUGAUACCAUCUUGGUGGCUUCAAGUUGUACCAGGGGAGGAUUAGAUUGGAUAUUAGGAAAAAUGUCUUUACCAAAAGACUGGUGAAGUGCUGGCAGAGGCUGCGCAAGGCAGCGGGGGAGUCACUGUCCCUGGAGGGGGUCAAAAAACAUGUAGUCGCGGCACCUAGGGACGUGGUUUAGCAGGCACGGUGGGGUUGGGCUGACGACGGGACUGGAUGAACUUAAGAGGUCUUUUCCAACCUUAAUGAUUCUAUGAUAUGGGGAGUUGCUCUGUUUCUGGGAGCUCAUGGCAUUCCAAAUACCAGAGGAGCCACCACGGUCUGGCAGCCAAAGCGCAAGGCUUCUCCAGGACAUCCUGGGCCCGGGACCAGCCACGCCGGCACUCACGGGGCCCAGUUCUGGGUUACAGUCUUUAUCCAAAAACUAUCCAAGCCUUGCAACCACCACCUGUGUAAGAUGGACAUUCAUAAGUCCCUGGGGAAAUGACUGAUGCUCUCACUCUUCCUCUCUGGCUCCAUUUCUCCCAAGCUCACUCUGCAUCACACACACACUCCUGCACGAGCACCAGACUCCUGAACAAAGCUCACACAGAGGUGAAUCCCCGGAUGCAGGAGAGCAUGGAGCAGGGCCUCUCCUUGCUCCUCAGAGGCCAUAGUAUGAGGGACAGUCCCCUCCACCUGCCCUGCACUGGAAGCUGCAACUGCUGCCUUUGUUUCCAAGCCAGUUGUGCCCCUCUGGCGAAGCCAGAAUGCCUGCAGGACGAUGCUGGGGAGACUGGGCACCAACUGGACUUCAGGACAGGCUCUGGAGCUGCCAGGAGCCACCAGAUAUGGGAACUGAGAGCUGAUGUGUCCCAACUCAAACUACCCCAGCGCAAUCACAGCUUUGAAUCCACACAGGAUUUCCCCGUAAGAGGCCACAGGUCCUUUCUCAUGGAUCUGCCCACAGGUCUCUGCCUCCCCCAACCUCAAAGGAGCCUCAGCUGCUCCAGGACUUCCUGGGCUGAGAACCAGCACCGGACACUGGGUUUGGACAAACCCAAGCUCUCUGUGUCCUGAGCAGGGCAAAAGCCACAUAAAAGCACCGCUAUGCGAAGUUGCCAUCAGCUGUUGGCUUCAGCUUUGGAACAGCUCAGCUUUUGACUUCAAAGGCCCUAGUGACAGUGGAUCGACUCAUUUACUCUAUGGAGAGGCCACUGGAAUCCUCUAAGUGCUUGCAAUCCUUAUAUUUCCUAUUUUUUCUCCUCUGCUUCACCUUUGUUUGUGAAAGGUUGUGUUGCCGCAGCUCCUGUCCCAGCUGCACGCAGCCCCCGGACACAGAACACAUACCCGUCAUCCCUCUCCAUGCUUCUCCUGGCUAUAAAUAAACACUGCCCAGCAGGAAGGUGCUCUGCUGGUAAACAACCUUAACACAGUCACACCAGGUUUGUUUGGGCCCAAGAAAGGGCAAGGGUGACCCACAGCAGCGAGCUGUGGCAUUGGGGCUGGGAGUCUGAAGCGUGCUGGGCGUGGAGGGCAAGGGCUCAAAGGUUACUGGAAGCAGCUUCCACCCCAGAGCCACAGCCCCACUCUCACUGCGUCACGAGUUCACUCACCCCAUAUUUUCAGGGCCCUCUUUGAUGUUGCUCACCCUGGAAAGGAAACUUUGCCACCAGGGCCCAUGUUUAGGAGGAGAAUGCUUGUGUGCCUGCAAUCCCCUCGUUCUUCCCCAGUUUCUCUGGGAACACGGGGAACGUGGACACCGCACCCCUCUGUGCUCCAGGCCGCUUUCUUUGUGAACACCAACCUCACAGCAUCAUGAGGCUCCAAAGACAUCCAUGGAAGGGCAGCAGGAACUGACUCCAUGAAAGCCCCAGCGACUCCUCACCACUUUUACCCUCCUAAAGGAAUCAGGACAGGAGACUUUAUUGCCAGGAGGGCCGAUACCCAGUGUCGGAGAGAGCAGCACACCUUGGGUUUUAGGGAAGGCACAAGAGGCAGCCAGUUUGCUGGUGGCUGAGUACAGGAGAGCCCCGCGCUGCAGGAGGGGCUGCAGCUGCCCCUGUGGAACACCCUCCCUGCUGCCCUGGAGAAUCACUAGGUAAUACAAUCAUCAAUGGAACAUUUGGAUGCUCCUCACAGCUCCUGGGUUUGCCCCACACACCAGAGCUGGCCCAGCACUACCUCCAAUAAAAGAGGACUGUGCAUUGUAAGCACCUUUGAAUCCACGCACCACUCGGGAAUCGCUAUUGACAUCUAAUCACUGAGUCCUUAUGUAAUUAUGGAUUAUUUAUGUGUUAAAAAAAGAAAAACUUUUCUGUCACACAAAGUACUUACUUCCCUGAGGCUUUGGUACGUGAGUGAUUCCCCCCAGUCACCCGACCACAAGACCACAGCUCCAGAGCUGCUUCCCCAUCCCAGAUGUGGAGCAGCUCCCUUCUCCUCCCUCUGCGUCCGGAGCUCCCCCAGGCAGGGGACAGGGCUGCGGUUGGAGCUCCCCCAGGCAGGGAGGCUCGGCCGCUGCCGCAGUCCCGGGGCUCUCCGGUGCCGGGCACUGCGGAUGCGGCUGCUCUCCCGUGCUCCUGAGGAUCCCCUGCAGCACAGCAGCCAUGUUCUGGUGGGUGCAGAGCAUCCCGUGGAACUGCAGCACAAGGACAGCAACACUGAUGGGGCCAGUGCUGCAUCCCUCCUCCCGCUCCCAUGCCCAGUCCCAGCUCUACGUGAGGCAGCGUCCGAGCCGGCACAGCCCCAGCCUUUCACACUGCAAAGGCCUUAAAGAGCGGCACCGUGUCAGUGUGAUACUUUUCCAGGGGACAGGUUUGCAAUUGCAGUACAGAUUGCUUCAAUUCAUCCAAAUUUACUCCUGCGAGAAGCUAAUCCCAUGGGUCCAUUGCAAAUGGCCAGCAUUUCUGUACCUGUAAGUGCACCAUCCCGAGGAAACAAGCUGCAGAGAGAGGCUCCCCAGCAGUAAGACCGAGGCACUCGUGUUCUAGCAGCCAUUUUUUGUUUUAUUAUUUAAAGUUAAAGAGCACUCAUCAGCUCGCAAAUUAACAAAUCCCAUUCCUGCAGUUUAGUUCAGGUUUCAGCCAACAGGAGAAAAAAAAAAAAAAAAGAAUGCAGCUAAACUAACUCUGCGCUUUAUAUCUCAACAAGAGUUAAACCUCCUUGCUUUAUAAAUAAAUGUUAUAGUUAACACUGCAAAAAUGUAACGGCAGCUCUACAAUAUCUUUAAGGGGCAGAGAGCAUCAGAUUAUUGAAGCGUAUGGAUGUGCUGGCUGAUAAAUACAAGUAGAGAAGCUGCAGUAGCGCGUAGUGGGCGGCUGUUUAUCGGGCCUCUGCUCCCAGGGUCCUGACCUUUCCCAAAGCUCCGCGACAGCCACUUCCCCUCAAACUGUGCCCUCUGCUCUGCCCAGGGCCAAAAACGGAGCCACCGGCUGCCAAGUCCAGUCACUCCCCUGCAAGAUGAUAACUGCUGGCAUAGUACCCUGUUUACCACCACGGGAACAGAGGAUCCCACCAGCGGAGGCAGAACCUACCCUGAGACUACAGGUUUAGAGAAACACAGGUUGUGUGCAGAUCCUAAUUAAAGAAAGGAGCUUGCCUGAACAGAAGCCAAACGAGAUUUCAAGUUCAGUCCUUGAAGUAGCACCAUCCUCACUGAAGUGGCAAAAGGAAUCAACGCCAAAACCAGAUGUCAGUGACCAACUCCAUAUAUGUGUUCAGAACGGGAUACUUCAGAGCCUGCCAGCGGAUGCUCACAAACCCCAGGACAAGAAGGCACCCAUAACUUUCACUUCUUUCUUGCACCUUCCGCCAGGCCACCCUUGUUCAAACAGCCACGGACUCUCACAUGCUUUAACAUCCCCAGCACCACCCAAGCCACAGGCACCUCCUGUCCCACAGGGGCUGCAGGAGCACCGCCUCAGCACUGCCUCCGAGGGCUGUUUGGCUCUGACACACAGCGGUGCCCACCCUGUGCAUCUCAACUCUUGCCAACCUUCAGAGCUCAAGGGCCUCCACGCGAGGAAGGGACUGAACGUGUGCAAAAAGGGCAAGCUGAGGGCUGAACGCCACCCCAGUAUUUUGCUUUAAAGGUAGUUUUUCCUCCC